GCUAACAGUUGACCGGAAGCGCGCCAGCGCUAGUUUGAAUGUUCUGCCGUUUUGUUUUCAGGGUGAGAUGGAACGGGUAGCAAGAGUGAGUGGGAGGGUGAAGGCUCGGUUGAGAGCGGCUAGUGACGACCUGGAGUCCUUGCAGCAGGCGGUUGAGUACUUUACUUCAGUGAAGGAACGAACUGCAUCAAAUGGAAAUCUUCAUCUGGAGGCAAUUGAAGACAUUGCUUUUGAGAAGGGGUUGUUACCAGAUGUAAUUGAGCUGCUUCUGGAUGUGGCUAUGAGUGCCAGACUAGUUGACAGAUUUAAUACGCGCCUCUUAAAGUGCCUUAUUCCUGCCUCCUCGGUCCCAGUAAGUGCAGUGACAAACGCUAUCUCUUGGAUGUGUACAAGGAAACCUACCAUCAAUGUCCAGGUGCUGUUUAUCAGAUGGUUGUUAACCGUGUUUGAUCUUUUGGACUCAAAGAAGCAAUUACAUUCAUUGUAUGGCAUCAUUUUCUUCUACCUUCAGAAUGACAAGCUGUGUCCCUAUAUAUGUCACCUAUUGUACCUGCUAACUAAAAAGGAAAAUGUUAAACGAUUCAGAGUCAAGAAGCUAAUAGACCUGCAAUCCAAAAUGGGAAUGCAGCCACAUUUGGUGGCUCUUCUCUUGCUGUAUAAGAUCCAUGCACCUGAAUAUGUUUCUUUGGCACUUCCUGGAAAACCCAAGAGCUUCCAAGUGUCUGGCUCAUUCUGGAAGAAAGCAAUUGAAAGGGUUCAGAACAAUGGUUAUAGGCAAUUAGCUGGAACCCCAGAUUUGGUAAAUUUAAUGGGGCCUCCGACACGGAAAAGGAAAAGGAAGAUGCAUCAUGAAUUGAUUCCAGUUGUCAGCACUGCUCCACACUUAGAACUGUCUUGUUCCCUGAUGCAGAGCAAAAUGUUUCCUUUGGAACAGCUAGCUACAUUCUCUCAACUAUUACAGAACUUUGAUCGGAUAGAGUUCCCUGCGCAGAUGGGCUCAGUGCUGAGAUCUCCUCUGUUGCUUCAUUACAUUAAUUGGGUUAAGGAUGACUCUGCACUUCUGCGGCUGGAUUUCUGGCUGGCUCAAACUUUUCAGGAAGAGUUUACAGACUGUAGUGGUGACUCAAUGCAGAAAGAAAAAGAAUUCAUUGAAUUUCUAAGCAUCAUCAUUAGAACUCAAGAAUUUCUACAGGAAGGUUUUUCAUGCUGUGAGGAUUUUGUGUUCAAGAGCUUAUCCCUUUGUGAUAGUUUGUGGUGUAGCACUCAGACCCUUGCCUUACUCACCAGGAUUUCUCCAAGCUCUGAUGUGAUUUCUCUUUAUUUUGAUCCAUUAAUGAAGCUGUUCUUCACUUCUUCAAUUUAUUUCAAGUGCAGUGUCAUUGAGAGUUUCACCAGCCUGCUGGCAAAGUGGCUUACCUGGCAUUCUGUGUGUGUGGCCGAGAUGGACAGAGAUAUUCCUAAUGUUUUACAGAGUCCACAGAAUGUUUCCCUUUCUGGAUUAGUGAAUUCUGUUUCUGAACUUGUGGAGUUUACUGCAAGAAUUUCCAUGGUAGCACUACAGAUGGAGGCUUACAACAGUCUACUAUUGCACUUCAUACUCAAUUUCUAUGAGACGGUAUCUGAUAUGUACUUGAAAUACAGUCUACCUCUGGUGAUUUUGCCACCUGCUGGUAUCUUCUACCCAGCAUUAUUGAGUUUGGAAUCAGUAAACCUGAAUCAGCUGUGCUACAUCAUGUAUAGGUACCGUACAAAUCUAACAGCUUUGAAGUCUUUGGAUUCAAGUAAAAAUGUGCAUAUAGGUUUGAAGGUGAACAGGAAAACAUUUCAGCAAUACAAUACACUUAUGAAAGCAGCAGUCAGCUGCUUGUGGACAUCAAGAAGCUUUGAGCAAGAUAUUCACCCAAUGGGUAUUGGAAUUGAACACAAUCUGCUAGUACAAACAAGAGUUCCAGAUUCUCUGAGCAGCUUUACAAUUGUUAAUCAUCCAGCACUCAUGGGACAUGCCAUAAAUUUUAUCCAGAAGGGGUGGCCUGAUGGAAAGAAGCAAUUGCAUGUAAUACAGGGAAAAGUGUGGAACUGGUACGUGGAAUAUUUGUACGACCAAGGGCUUGAUGGACUUAAACACUUCCUUGAAUCCUGCAUCCACACUGUGUCCAGUUCAGAACAUUAAAUUACAAACUAUUGCACUACUAAACUGUACCAUUCACGAAUUUGAGAGAUUUCACAGCAUCUGUUUGCUUUUCCCUAAAUACACAAGAAGCCCAGCUGCUUCCUGAAUAAUUUUAUGUAUAAAUAAACGCAAGAGUCUUAAAUAAAGAGGAACUGGUCCAUAUGUUAAUCCAAAUACAUUGGCCCAACAGGUUUGUUGUGUUGUUUGGGAACCCACCGAACACGAGAUGUCUAAGAGCUAAAGUGCAGUGUGGCAUUAAACUAUAUUAUAAUGAUUCAGAACAACUGAGGAGGAUGCACACAAAGAUACCAGACAAUGUGGAAUGUUUCAUAGUGUAAAUAUUAUUUUAUUGAAAUAUGUGUCAGUACAUAAAAAAGUGAAGACAAAGUAUAGUGUGAUUGAGAGUGGUAUUGGACAACAUAAUCAUCGUAAAAAGGCCUUAACAUUUUGCAAGAUUAUGUUCAUAAAUAAUUGAACCAUUAACUUGCCAAUAAAAUGUUGGCUUUGCAUUAAGUAUUCUGCUUCAUGUGUUAGCAGUGUCUUAUUUUCCUCAAGCUCAGUGGACCAUAGCAAGAGGUUUCUGAAAUCACUUCUUACUCUAUAAAAAUUGUUGGAAUGCACAACUGUACAGCAAACCUUCACUGGGCAUCUACAAUGUAGGCUUGCUGAGCAUGUUGCUCUUUAAAGUAUAGGUUGGAGGAGGUGAAUAAAAUGUUGAUUAUUUGACCAAAUUAUUGUUACAGUGCUUACAAUUUGUUGUUGCCAACAACUGAUCUUGAAAGUCUUUUUUAAAGUCAGAAUUGUGAAAUGUUAUUUACCAAUGCCUCAGGUGUUUAAAGUACUUUAAAGUUUAAAGAGCAAAUAAAAUAAUUGUAUUUUUAUAGUGGUGCGUAACAUUUCCAUUAUAGAUAGCAUUUUUCUUCCCAAAGUUUACAUAUGAGAUAAAUUUCUUUCUAACAAUUAUUGAAAGUAGUCUUUGAAAUGGAACCUGAGAGCCAAUUAAAAUGUGUUUAUGCCCAUCUUGACCUUAUAGUAUAAGGAGUCUUGUUUUAUUACUUAAAGAAAACCUAACAUUUUAUUUUUCCUUAAUUCCAAAUACUGGUAAAUGUAGCAUGUAAACACAACUGUUUAAAGACUUUUGAACAGAGAGAAUUUUUGUAGGAUUCUCUUGUUCAUUGUAACCAGUGGAAGAUCUGUGUGACAUGCCAUUUUUCCAGGGGUUACAACAGCUUUACGUUUUAAGCAGUGCCUUUGAAACUGAUGCCUAUGGUGAUGUUUUGUGCUAUUUGCCUGAUUAUAAGCAGCUAUUCGUGAUAAGUGAGGAUGAUAUCAGUGAUGGGGACUGUUUGUUAUUGAUGAUGGAAAGAAGCUGGUGUUAGUGGAAGAAAUCAAGUGGAUUGUUCCCUCAUGGGUCACCUGAACUUGCAAUCGAAAGUAUUUUAAAAGUAAUUGGGCUUGUUGGUAACCUCUGCUAUGACUGCCCGCAGAGUGAAUACCAAAAACUUUGCAGGUUGAAGCGGAUAUCAACCUGGUUGAUUUGAUUAACCCUGCAUAUUAUAUGCCAAAUAUACUUAGAACUUAAAUUAUAAUUACAUAGCAAUAUUGCAUAUAAUAUUGAAUUGUCUUGGAUUGUCUAUUUUAUUUUCCCUAUAUGUACAAACUGUCAAAUAUCUAAGUUUUAAAAAGUAUGCUUUAGUUUCUUUCUAAUUCACUUUUUUGUAUAACUUCAUUUGCUAGCAAAUGUCACUUGUGAGGGAUUUUGUCUCAGUUGGAUCAAAUACAUCAUUAGAAAUUUCAGCUAUUCUCCAUGGCAUCCAUUCAAAGGACUUAUAAAACAAAUGAAAAAUAUUUGUGCUGUGGUAAAUCUAUUUUUGUGAUGAGAAAAACCCCGAAAUUCCCCAUUGUUUUCUUAGCAAAAUCAGGACCAGAAAUAGUAUGUAUCACAUCUGUAACGUAAGCAUAUCUGUGGUACAUGCAGUAUUGUGGUCACUGAAUUGAUGCAUAUAUAACCUGGAUCUAUGUAAUUUAACAUUUUUAAAAAUGGAGUAUUCAUAAAUACUGCUAUGGAGUCAAUAUUUUAUACAAAAAUAAAAGUAAAACACAUGAAAA